AUGGCCGAGGAGGAUUCGAGACAAACGACUGACAUUGUUCGCCAGCUUAUCACCAGCGUAAAACAGCUGUCCGAUCAAAUGGCAUCCGGAAGUCAGCCACGAUCUGUUGAUAACGAAAUAUCACAGGUUUUUGGUAGGUCCAGGGCAACAAAUGCUGUGCCAAGCUCAACUAUAUCAACUUCCAGUGGGAUUGGCGUUGGCGGGAAUUCCUCGUGCGCCUCGCAAGCAGGUGGUUUGUCGCACUUCAGAAGGUUGUCAAACCAGAGACGAAUUGGCAGCAAUGUAAAUAAAAGAACAAAGAAGGCUAGACUGCCAGACAGCAGCCCGUUUCUAUGUGACCUGGUUUUGCUGAACGGUCCAACAACAAACGUGGUCCCCAGGCAGGGGGCCAGAGUUACCCUUAUGGAGCAUGGCCACGUGCUCUCUGCCUGUCGGUUUACCAAGGCAAUGACCGAGAUAGAUGUGGAACUUACAAUCAUUGAGGCCUUUGGAGAUAAAAUCCCCCGUCUUGUGGAUGUGGAGAUCUUGACGUCUGUCCACAGUAAACUUGUAAAGCCAACUCUGGCUCCCGGGCAGGAAGGCAUCAACGGAGUAAUUCUUCAUCGACUUUUCAAGACCAAGCCGAUUUACGUCAGACCGAGCCAGCAAUUAUUGCCCAGUUUCACGCAGGUGAGAACUCAAAAUUCCUCAAUAAAUGUUGUAUGGAUAUAAACAGCACCCUCUUCCCCCCACCCCCCACAUACCCCGCCUCCAUUCCCCUCUCCCACAUUCAGAUGUGAAAAAUGAGUUUGCCUUAUUAUUAAAAUUACUCUUUCACUUUGUUUAGGAAGAUGAAGAGGUAGAAGAUGAAGAGAAAGAGCAAGAACAAUCAGGUACAUGUAAAAAUAGAUUGACUUAUUUUACUGUAGGUUUGGUGAGCAGAUUUUGAGGCUGGUUGCCCUGGGCAAAAGGGUGAAAGUGUGUGGUGUGACCACAGCUAUUGAUCAUUGUCUAGCAUACUUUUAAGUCAUUUACUGGUACUUAUUUUAUGAUAGGAAAUCAAUCAGCACAACAUCGGCCAAGUCAGUCGUGCCCCACCCAGCUGCAGCAAUCCCAACCAAUUGAAAGCCAUCUUUUGCAGCCAAAUAAUGAUCAAGGUAACUCUUUCCAUAAAAUAGCCCAAUUUCAAUACCUUAAAAUUCUGACUUGUCUCCAAGACUCAGUAAAGUGGAAAAAUUCAAAAGGAAAUGAAUAUCAUGUAUUUCCACAAGCCUCAUAGUCAAGUGAGAAUUUUAAUACAUGUACAUUGAAAUAGGCCUAUUUAAAUUGCAUCUUGUUUGCAAUAAGAAAAAUUAGAAUUUGUUAAUCUUUCUUCAAAGCAUCUGUCUGUGGAAAUUAUAUUUACUAUCGUUUACUAUCAUUCAUGGAUGAUUCUUAUUAUUUCUUAUUAUAACAAUAAAAUAUGUUAUAUAUCAAUAUUUAUUAUUAUCAUCAUUUAUUGCAUUUAACAAAGAGAUGCACUUGCAGAGAAAUUUUGGAUUCUGGUAGUCAUGUUAUAACCAAAUGUAAAGAAACCUUAAAAAUAUAGGCGAUACACGAGAUUUGAACCCAUAUCCACUGGUCAACCCAACAGUCCACCUAUCUGUAGCUAUUUACCUGCAAAUAUUCUUGAACUCCAUCAAAUGCUUAUUUACUGAAAUGUGAUUCUAAUAUUUGUUUGUGUAUGUUCUCAGAUGCAGAUGCACUGUUAGAAAAACCAGUGUUUUCCUCAUCUGAUCAAAUGCCUGGGCCAUCUGUCGUUGACCUUGCCACCAAUGAUGCUGAAGACACUCAAAUAAAGAAUGACGAACAAGUUGCAAGGUCAUUACAGGAAGCAUUCAACAGAGACUUUGACAGGGAAACCAGCCAUUUGCUCGGAUCUGUUGAUUGUUCAACUAUAGAUGAUGAGGCUGGCGUACUUAAAGUGCUAGAAGAGAAGGUGAUAAGGGAAAAAGAGUCCUUGUUCCUUGUAGUAAGAAGAGGCGCACCAUUAGAGAGAGUUCUUAACCUCUGGCGUAGAGAAUCCCGCAAAAUUUCUCCGGAACAUGAACUUAGAAUCAAGUUCCUUGGAGAGCAAGGAAUUGAUUCCGGUGCAUUGACUAAGGAAUUCCUCACCUUGACAAUUGCAGAUAUUGGAAAAAAGUUCUUUCCCAAUGGCAGCCCAGUACACUCCACAAAUGACGUCCAAAAUGGAAAUUUUAAAGCAUGUGGAGAAAUAGCAGCAACAAGCUUAGCCCAAGGCGGGCCACCACCAUGCUUUUUAGCAGAAUGUGUCUAUAAUACUUUGGUUCUGGAAAGUGACAUUGACUUCACAAGUGUCAGUCCUGAACAACACCUGACUUCAACUGAACAAGAACUACUGCACCACAUACAAAGCAAUGUCAUGGAUCAUCAAGAUACCAUUAUUGAACAUGGGUACACAGGGGUGAUCGAUAAAGAACACUUGCACUCCAUAACUGCCUCAAUUGUUGUCAGUAUGCUGAGCAGGAGGACCCUUUGCCUCAAGGAGUUCAAAAAGGGGUUGCAACUUUAUGGGUUGUCAGGUCUUAUUUCCAGAUAUUCACAAGUUACUCGAGGUCUAUUUGUUAUGGGACAGCAGCAGAAAGUGGAUGCUAACUACCUCGUCUCCUUGAUGGCACCUGAAUUCUCUCCAGAAGGGUCCUCGCGACGACUGAAAGAAGAGGAAAUUAUGGACAAUUUUCAAGACUUCCUAAUCAGCCUUGAGGACGAGGUUAUAACAGGCUAUACAGAAGCUAUAGCCUGUAAUACAGAUGAUGAUGCAGACCAAUGCACCAAUAAUGAUCAGGAGAUUGAAACCUUUAGCAUCCCAGACCUGACACCAGCAGGAGUACUUGGUUGGCUGACGGGACAGAAACAUAGGGACAUUGGGAAAACAGACCGUGCAAUCACUGUCAAGUUUGACCAUGAAUGUUUGAUUCGCAACCCAGAUCACAGGCUGUGCUUCCCUUAUGUGGGGGCCUGUGGACAAACAAUCACUUUUCCUGUUUGCCACAUGGCAGGUUUCGACAAAUUUAAAGAAAUCUUCCUAUUAGCUUUCUGUAAAGGCCAAACAUUUGCCAUGCGCUAA